AUGCAUACGCUCAAACAACCUUGCGAACGUUCUCGUCUCUUCUUCAAGUCCCUCAUGCUUGAGCCCAGCCACCAGAACCAGGUCCGAAAUUUCCAGUUUGAGCUUCGAGCCGACGCUGAGCGCCGACGAGGGACACUUCCGAUCCCCGCGCUGACCACUGUGCGCGGGUUUACCGGUGCCCCGAUCGUGUCCGGCGACGAGGACUCGGACUACAGUACCGCCUGCGAAACCCCUCCACCCUCCACCCGCCAUGCUCGGCCCCGGUUUGACGACGUUGUCAGCGCCAACUGCAGCCCCAGCCUGCGGCCCGUUGCGUCUCCCGCUGUUUCUGGUAUCGCGAAGCUCCGCCAAGCCAUGGAACCCCUCAGCCUCGACGCGAGCUCCCGGACGAGCACCCUGACUCUUAGCGGGAGCCAGCUAGGGUUCCCGCGCUUUGGUGCCAACCACAAUGGUCUGUCCAGCGUUGGCAUGAGCCGUUGCGGCAGCCGCGACACGGUGCAUAGCGACGCGUGCAGCGAGGGUUCUGAUAACUCAACCAGCUACGAGGUGAGCCUAGAGCAUGACUUUGUCAUCCCACGACGCAAGAUGACGACCGAGGACUUUGAGCCUCUUCGUUGCCUCGGCAAAGGCGCAUACGGCACCGUCAUCCUCGUCAAGCAGAGAGUUUCGGGUCGGCUCUACGCCCAGAAGCAGCUCAAGAAGGCCUCGCUCGUCCUACACAAGAAGCUUGUGGAGCAGACCAGGACGGAGCGCCAGGUCCUAGAGUCGGAGAAGCUCUACCUCAUUCUAGAGUACGCCUGUGGCAGCCUUUACAUGGCCGAGAUGCUUCUUGCUAUCUCGCACCUGCACAACGAUCUCGGCGUCAUCUACCGCGACCUUAAGCCGGAGAACUGCCUCCUCGACGCCGAGGGCCAUCUUUUGCUCACCGACUUUGGUCUCUCCAAGGUCUCGGCCGAGGAUACCGACACUUGCAACUCGAUGCUCGGCACCGUCGAGUACAUGGCGCCCGAGGUCAUCAAGGGCCAAAAGUACGGCAAGGCUGUCGACUGGUGGUCGUUUGGCGCCCUGGGCUACGACCUUCUUACCGGCAACCCGCCGUUCCGCGGUGGUAACAAUGCCAAGAUUCAGGACAACAUCGUCAAGCAGAAGCUCGUGCUUCCCUACUUUAUGACGCCCGACGCCAAGGACCUCCUCACCCGACUCCUCAAGAAGGACCCCACCAAGAGACUCGGCGCUAAAAUGCCCAAAGACCUCCAAACGAUGAAGAAUCACCGGUUCUUCCGCAAGAUCGACUGGAAGAAGCUCCUAGCCCGACAGGUUACCCCACCCAUCCAGCCCUUCAUCACGGAUCCCGAGCUCGCCGAGAACUUCGAUCCCAGCUUCACCGAGCUCUCUCUGAGCCCUACUGUAGCCAGUUCCCUCGACCACUGGGCCGGGCUUACCGGUAAGGACGCCGGAGAUGACCUGUUUGGCGGCUUCAGCUUUGUCGCUCCCAGCAGCCUCCUCGAGCGCCAUGAGAAGGGGUUGGCUCACAUCUCGGGUCUCGUCCAGCUUCUUAGGGUCCAGCCCCAGCUUCGCUCCUAG